CGGGACCCCACAGAGUGAAGCGGCCCCCGUCCACUAGCUGAUACCCGUGCCAUCUCCGGUGGGUCCCGAUCUCCGCUCCGGCGGACAGACACUCAGGACACAGCUCGAUGUCCGGGCAGUCUGUGCAGCGCAGCCGCAGAUUAUCGUGUGAAAAUGGAGGAGCAGUCACUCGAGGAAACAGGUCCUGUGAACGUGGCAGAGACGGCGGAGAUCCUCGACAGUGACGAUCUGACCAAACCUGAUGAUGAAAGACCUGCAGUAGAAGAAGUUGAAGAGAUAGAGCAAGCAGCAACUGAAGAAGAUGAAAUGAGACCCAUGCUAAAUGCACCAGGAAUACCUGAAGAACCUGAAGGAGAGUUUGAAGAUACAUUGAGAGACGAUGAACAAUUUGGUGAUGAAUUUGAAGAGAGGGUCACCUCAGAUGUAGAGAAUUUUCAAAACAAGUAUGAAGAACAGCAUGAAUGCCAAGUGGAAGAUUGCAAACAGUCUACAGCUUAUCUUCAACCUAACCAACUGGACACUGAAGAGGAACAGGAGCUCCUUCGAGAUCUUCAAACAGAACAUGAAAAACUGAGUCGGCACAAUUACCAGCUCCAAAAUACACUGGCUGAAUACUUCUGUCUUAAAUCAGCCGGAGAACUGCAGCAAGUCCAAGACAAGAUGUACCCCAACCAAGAGUGUUGUCAAAAGUACCCAGACAUCAUAGAGGAUAUUAAGAGGCAGAAGCAAGACAAGAAGCAAAAGCAACUCCAACAACAACAUCUUAAUGAUCUGCUUCGGCAGAACAAUGAGAAGCUGGAGCAAAUUGAGCUUGAGUGGAGCACGCUAAUGUCAGCCAAGCGUGAGGUACUCAUUACAGAGCUGGAGAAAUCAAAUGGCAAGCUGGAGGCCCAAGCUAUAACUGAGCGUCGACUGACAGCUGCACAGAAAUGCGAGGAUGAGUUUGUCUCUGUCAGGCAUGAAAACUUCAAGCUGAAUCUAAAGAUGCCCAAAUUGGAGCCAGGGCUCCAUGUCAGGGAUGAGAAUCUAGGUGAAAAGAUGCAGCACACUGACUUUGAGCAGCUAAACAUUGAAAACCAGACUUACAGUGAAAAGAUCCAGGAGUGCACAGAGGAUCUACUUAAGCUGAAGAGAACAUUACCCCAAACUGGGCAGAUUCUAAUGCACGUGAAAGAGAAGUUGAGGUAUGUUAAGGUGGAGAACCAGGAGAAGCAGGUACAUUUUGAUGAACUGGAUGCCUUGGUUCUACAUGAGCAGGAAGCUCUGACACAGUCAAUGCAGGCAAGGGACAUCCUGCGCUUUGACAAUCUGCGUAGGCGGCAGGAUUGUGGCUUGCUGGGAAACCCCACACUGCUACGGAACUUUGAGGACACAGAGGAUGAGCGUGAGGCACUUGAGAGACAAAUAGAGAUGCUAAAAAGAAGCCGAAGAGACAUACAAGACCGCACAGAUGCAAAUAUGCAUACAAAUAUAUAAAACUUAGCAUAUUUAUUUUGAAGUACAGAUAUAGAUAUAGAUUUUUUUUGUCAUUUGACUACAGAGGGAAAUGUAAAGAAUUGUUGAAAUAAAUAACAACUCUUAAUGAUGAACUCUGUUUAUUUUGUUUGACUGUACAAUUUCCAGUAUGUCAGAUUAAAUUGGAUUGUUAAUGUCACAAAUUAGGGUAAGAAGGUAAUGCAAAAGAUACCAAGCUGUAAAGUCAAA